CGAAAAUAACUGCAGCGGAGGAAGGUGUCGAGGGGACCGUCCACGAUUUCGGCGGUUCCGGGUGAGGGAGGGGACCGACGACAGUUAUCUUCUGCUGCUCUCCGGUGCUUUCGCUUUUCCGAGGGUCCAGUGUGUUUCGCCACCCGAGGAGAACCCGCGUGCUCCACGUAAAACAGCGCGAAGUAUAAACUCGAGAGUAAACUGAUUAAAGCCACAUCAACAUGGCCACGCAGAAAGCGAAAUUUGUAAACAAACAGUUCAACUCUCCUAUCAACUUGUAUUCACCACAAGCGAUACAGGAAACUCUAGAUAGACAGACUCAAGUUCUGGCUAACGGUGCAGUCGGGAUCGACUUCAGUCAGUUGGCCAAGCCAGCGAACUUGCAGAACAGCGCCGUUCUACGUAUGCUCGAAGAAGAAGAAACGAGGCAGCGCGGUGGUCAACCUGGUCUCAAACGAGUAGCUUGGCCACCGCCUCCAGAGGAUCAAGACUUCGACUACAUCGAGCAAGCUCCCGUCCAAGCGAAGACCCGUGGGUACGGUGAAUUCGGCUCGUACCAGAGUAGUCUCUCAUCGGGUCCGUCACCCCAACCGUCCUCGACGGUCGCACGGUCGUCGACACAGAGCGCCGUCCCGUCAUCCCCAUCGCCGAUCAGUCCUGGCGGGACGCUCCUGCGACAGCCCUCGCACUUCCAACAGCAACAAAAUCUCAGGGGCUGGACGCCCGUGACACCCCCGGCAACUUCGCCGCUCUCUCAACAGCAUCCCCUGGGCCAACAGCAACAACAGCAACAGCAGACUCAGCCUUGGCAGCACUCCCAGGAUCCAUACGACCGGGCACCGCAGAAGCAGCAACAGAAUCUAUCUGGUUAUUAUACACCCACCCCUGCGGCGUUCGAGGCACCACCCUCCACUAUCGUCCUCCGUCCUGAGCCGCCUAUCUCGCAGGCACCAGCACCGGUGUACCAGGCCCAACCCGCAGCAACAAAAGCUCCAGCGACAGGCAAUAUGCGAGGAGAUUUGAAGUGGCCGCCGGCGUCCGUGAAGGCCCAAUUCGAGGCGGAGAACCGUGCCAGGAUAGAGCUCGCAAAGGGCCCUGCUUUUAGGCCUCGUCGAGUGCACAAGGACUAUAGCGGUUUCUUCGCGCAACACGCCCUGAACAGCAGCUAUCCGGGCUACCGAGCACCUCCUGGCACCCAGUACUUCACCCCGGCUUAUCAACAGUAGCGAAUAUUUCGUUUCCGAGAGCAACGCAUUCGAGCACGAGGCAUCGUCCCGAGUUUCUCAUCGAUUGGGAUGCUCAGGACGCUGUUUGCGGAUCUUGCAAGAUUCGCAAGAACCAGAGAAACGCAUGAGAGCCGAUUUCUUUAUGAAUAAAACAAUCACGACUAUAAAAAAAAAUUCGAUGCAGAAUUUCAUCUUUUUUUUGCAACAUGAUUUCUUCUUUCCUUCAUUCAUGCAUAUCUGCACACGAAUUGUAGCUCUUUCAGAAUGUGAUUCAGUUAAUUGAAGAGAAAUUCCACAUACGUUUCUCGGGUUUUUAGAGAUUUUCGAUCUGGAUUUCUCGAGCUUCAACGAACCUGUAUAUACAGAGACUGAACGAUUACCUUUCAUCUUUGCAGGGUAGCGUAAAUUAAUAACAAUUAUCGAAAAUCUGGCUCAUUUACAGCAUUCGGUUUAUUAUUCGAGCAUCGUCGUUCGGAGUUCCCACACUUGUGAGCGUCGCAUUCUUUUUUUUUUAAUCUAAAUUCUUAAGUAUGUUUACAUUUGUAAUGAAACAAUAGGAUAAAGAUACAAUAGCUUAUUUAUUUAUUUAAAAAAUUAUUUUAUUUCUUCGCGCCAAAAAUUGCUUUUUUUUCUCUAAUCUAGAAAUUCUUAUUUGUACGAAGACAUCCCCUGGUUUGGGAAUUUCUGAUCUAGGUGGACUCAAUGUUGUGAUAGAAUUAACGCUGCGAACAGAUUUUACAGGUUUACAAGACUAACGCUUGCCAUACGAAUCACAAGAAUGGCGGAUCACAAGCGAUUGCUUAAGGGAGAAUAAUAAUGUGGCAGCAGAUUGUGCUUUUUACUGCGAAAAACCACGACGAUUUGAGAAAGCAUCGAACAUCGAUGAAUACAGAUAAAAAUCUGCGAAAUAAUCGAGUCAUAAAAUCGGACUGGUUCGCUUUGGCGCUCACUUUAAGCGUCGUUUCAUCCUUGUUGAUUAUUAAAUAUUAAACAAGGACAAUUGAUGUUCACAGGCUAUAAGCGCCAAAGCGAAACGCAGCCUCGGAAUACAAAAUAAUGUAUUCGAGAAGAAAGUGAUAUUAUCGAAUCAUUGUGAAAUGUGACGCGUUAGAUAAUGCGACUUGGCGACGAUCUGCCCGUUAACUAACUAACGAAUAAUUUUUAAUAAUGUAACAUAUCGAUGUGAAUAAAUAAAUAUUACAAUUUAUGCUAGACAAUA